GGGGAAGCGCGCCUGGAGGAGCAGGUGUUCUCAGGCUGCCGUCUGCGCCUGCGCCGGUCCACCGCGCCCUCGUAGUAAGAGAGGCCCGGAUGGAGGACGCGGAGACGCGCCGUUGCUAUGGCACCUGGGUCCUGGCCGCCUGGGGAGCAGGUGCCGGGGUCUCCCUUGCCUCACUGUCGGUCAGAGCUUAGAAAGAGGAGGAGAGGAGAGCGCCCCCGGCCAUCUCUGUGACCCCAGCCGCUGCAUCUCACACAGGCAGGAGGGGAACCAGAGGGAGAGAAGGGAAGGAUGAUGCGGAGAUUUUUAUGCAUUAUUCUAUAACAAACAGAAAAUGGAUGAAAAUAAAGAUAUGGACUCAAAAGAAAGUGGAGAAUAUGAAGAUGACUUUGAAAAGGACCUGGAAUGGUUAAUUAAGGAAAAAGAAAAAGGUGGUGCCAGCAUAAUAGAGAUGGCUUGUGGGAAUGAAGAGAAUAUUAACCAAGAAUUAAAAGACAAUGAAACAGAAACAGAACACACUGAACAGAGUUCUGAUCCUGACAAAUCUUUGAAGGAUGAAGUUUCACCAAGAAGAAAUGACUUCAUUUCUGUACCAAGUAUUCAACCUUUGGAUCCUAUAUCCGAUUCAGAUAGUGAAAACUCUUUCCAGGAAUCCAAAGUAGAAAGCCAGAGAGCCCUGGAGGAGGAAGAGGAUGAGGAAGUAAGGAGAUAUAUUAUGGAAAAAAUUAUACAAGCCAACAAGAUUCUACAGAAUCAAGAACCUGUGAAUGAUAAAAGGGAACGGAAGCUUAAGUUCAAAGACAAAUUAGUUGAUCUGGAAGUUCCUCCACUGGAAGACACUGAUACUUACAAAAAUUAUCUUGAAAAUGAAAGUAGUAUGUCUGGAAAACUCUCACAGUUAUGUAUUUCCAAGGAAUUUGGACAAGAAAAUGUGCUCGUGUCACUAACUGAUGGAAAUUGUGAAGAGAACAAGGAUAGGAAAAUUCUAGUCGAGAGAGAUGGAAAGUUUGAACUUCUGAAUUUACAAGACAUUGAGAGUCAGGGGGUUUUGCCCCCCAUUAAUACUAAUAGUACAGAAAAUGAGCCUUACCAGUUGUCAUCCAGAUCUUCCAACUCAAAUGUCAAUGGUGUCAAGAAAGAAGAGCCGAUAGCAAAGAUUCAUGCUGUUGCUCAUUCAUCAACAGAAGAGCCACUGGCUUAUAUCCCUCAGCCACCAGCCAACCCCAAGACUCGUCCAAGUUCUGCUGCCAACUCAGAUCGAAGUAAGGGGAAUGGGAAACCUAAUCACAGGACACAGUCUGCAAAUACACCUCCAGUGACCUCAACAUAUUGUCUUUCCUCUCGACAGAAAGAACUGCAAAAACGGCUAGAACAAAAGAGAGAAAAGCUAAAGAGAGAGGAAGAACAACGAAAAAUAGAAGAAGAAAAAGAAAAGAAAAAAGAGAAUGACAUGGUAUUUAAAGCAUGGUUGCAAAAGAAAAGAGAGCAGGUCAUAGAAAUGAGGAGAAUUCAGCGAGCAAAGCAAAUCGAAGACAUGAAUAGCAGACAGGAAAACCGAGAUCCACAACAAGCUUUUCGAUUAUGGCUUAAAAAAAAGCACGAAGAGCAGCUGAGAGAAAGAAAGACAGAAGAACUACGAAAGCAGGAGGAAUGUUUAUUCUUCCUUAAAGGGACCGAAGGCCGCGAAAGGGCCUUUAAACAAUGGCUACGAAGGAAACGGAUCGAAAAACUAGCAGAGCAACAAGCUGUCAGAGAAAGAACUAGACAGCUCCGACUAGAAGCAAAGCAUUCUAAACAAUUGCAGAGCCACCUACAUAUGUCAGAAGCCAAAGCUUUUCGUUUUACUGAUCAUUAUAACUGAAAGUAUCUUAAAUACUUCAUUUGGAAGCUGCUACCCUCAGAAUUUUGUAUAUCAUUUCUAAUGGCCUGUGUGCUUUGGUCAUACUCGAAAUUAUGGAAAUGCUAUUUAUCUUUUGGUGAUACUGACAGUGAAUUUAUCUUUUUUUUUUUUAACACUAAACAAAAUAAAUUUCUUCCCUCGCA